ACAUGUAGCUACAGGCUCUACGACACAAGAUCAUCAUGCAGGUGAUCUUACUUUGCUGUUUGGCUGCUGUUGUGGGUACAGCCGGGGCUGUUUACGGUGAUGCCUGCAGUAUUAUUACAUGGAGCAACCUGGGAGGAUCAGAUAAACAAAUAGUUGAAGCAGACGUCCCUAAAAAUUGCACUUCCGGUGACGUGGACUGGAACUAUCCCAAGGGCUACCUGAAGCUUGGACUAAAUCUACCUGGACAAACUUUCUCCCUGUGUCUGGAGGCGGCCUGGGCGACGUCAAUCACAGGGGUCAUGGACGUCACAGAGGGGAGGGAUGUUGAGUUACCUCUACCCAGUGAAGGUGUCGAGUCGUGUGCCAAGUCUGCCCACAGCACCGUAGUGCUGAUGGUCAGCUCACCCAGCUGGCAGACGUACAUGACAGGGUUCAACUACAAGGUGAUCAUCACGUGAUCUCGUCAUGCGGUGUAAGGGAGAUGCUGAUUGGUCAGCGUCCAAACCAGAUCGUCCAAUCAAAGACUACAAUGUUUCUACAGCUUUAAUAAAACAGCUCUCUUAAGAAAUCUUAAAA